AUGUAUGAAGAAUCCGGCUACGUGAUUGUGCAGCGGUACAGCAACUGGCAAAAGAAGAAAGUUCGCACCAUCGUUGUUAACGCCCAUGCCAAGACCUCCUCACAAAAGUCCAUUGCUGGCGCCAUUUCUCUCGCCAAGCCGUACGACCGUAUUGAGCUCACCGGCGGCGAGUACAAUGAAUCGAUUGCCAUUCAAAUGCCGCUGGAGCUCGUCGCGGCGGAGGGCGAAGACCCGCACCUGUCCUCGAGGUCCUCCACGGUCACCCUCACAACCGCUGGCAUCGAUGUCUACAUGGAGCACCUUUCUGUGUCGUCUCGCAGCACGAGCAAGAUGGACGCGGCGGUCGUCGCCGUCAAUGGCAACCCCAUCCUCUACCGCUGUCAGUGCACCUCCUUGUUGAUCGGCGGCAACGCCGUGGCGCACGUUGAUGAGUGCACCAUCAAGGACAGCAGCAGCGGCGUGGGCAUCGUCGUGCAAGACAGCGCUGGCGGUCUCAUCAAGUCUACCAACGUCCGCACGCACCGCAACAGCUGCGUUGAGAUCGACACCCGCGGCGAGUUGGCCGUAACAGAGUGCAUCAUCGACAACAACAUUGGCGGCGACGCGAUGGUCAUCUCCGGGGCGAUGAGCUCCGUGGGUCGCGAUGGCAGCGCACCGCACACCUCAUGCAGCCACGUGGAGGUGUUGCGGUGCCACUUCACCGUCGUCGCCGACAUGGACAACGACGGCCAUGGCACCUCACCAGGCGGGUCGCCGUUGAACGUGACGGGGGACGCCUGCUGCAUCGUGCUGACGCAGGGGGCCGCGCCGACUAUCGCGUCGAACGAACUGACGGGUGGUGAAAUCGGCAUCCUCAUCGAGGGCCCAGGGACGGCGCAGCUGAAAGGGAACCUCGUCUGCUGCCAGCGGCGGUGCGGGAUUCUCGCGCUGGUCGACGAAGGCGCUGGCUACGUCCAGGGUCACGAGACACUUCGCAUUACUGGCGAUAACGUGCUGGAUCGGUGCCGCAUUGGCAUUGACGUGCAGUGCGCCGUCAACCGAUCUGCCUACAUUCAGCAGACCUCUCCCGUAAUGAUGAGUAGGAGCCCGGGCUCUGAUGCCGCGCUCCUGCCUGUCUCGAGCUCACCCCUCAAAGUCGCUUACCGUGUCUUGACGGAUGAGCUGCCCAACCCGAAGCGCGCCUUCUCGUGGACACCGGUGCAGGGUGGGGGGCCGCCGACUUUCACGGCGGAGGCGGCGAGCUUUCCACCCUCUCCCGUCACCGACACCAUCACCUCCUCGGCGGCGACGGAUAACGCUCUCAUUUGCAUGGAAGGCGAGUGGUACCCAUUAAACCACGUCAAGGCCAAUUUGCAGCAGCUCGUGCAGUCGACACUGCAGACGUACCCGACAUGCCUGCAGCCCUCAUUUGGGAUCAUGUCCGGCACCGCCCUAACCGUCGGCGAAGGGAUGUCUGCCCCUUCCGCAAAUCCUUUUAUCGACAUUCUAAACAGUAUGUUGGGCACGCACCUCUCCUCGAAGAAAGAGGCGUCGCCGCACGUGCGGGAAAUGCUGCAGCUGCGCGGCAACAAAGGCGUUGACAUCAUCAACACAAAGUUCUCCAACUGCGACGUUUGUGCGAUCCGCUUCGGUCGGCAAGGAUACGGCUUAGUGGAGGAGUGCGUCUUCGAGGACUGCGGCACCUUUGCGAUCGUCGUGGACUGCGCCGCUCAUCCCCUCAUCACCGGAUGCCGCUUCUUGCGCUCCCGCGGUGCCAGUAUUUUGGUCAACAACUUUGCGAACCCCCUUAUCAUCGGCAACGAGAUGGUAAGCGGCAAGCGGGACGGCAUUCAGCUGUCACGCAUGAGCCGCGGCCUCAUCAUCGGCAACAUCAUCACCACCCACGUCGGCGUCGGCAUUCAAGUCGGCGAGCACAGUCAGCCGCUCAUCUGCGCCAACGCCAUCUCACAGAACCGCAAAGGCGGCGUGGCGGUCGCCAACGGCAGUCGACCCACGAUUCUCCUCAACGGCCUCUCCGCGAACCUGACGGCGCAGAUUUACUGCACCGCCGGCUCCGACGCGUUUAUCUGCCGUAAUCGCAUCACCGCCUCCGCAGACGCCGGAAUUCGCAUUGACGCCUGCAGUCGCGGCACCGUCCUCUCGAACACCCUUCACGCCAACGGGGAGGGCAUUUUAGUCGAGCUGGAUGCGGACCCCUACGUGCAGGGAAACGACGUUGUGGGCAGCCUCCGUGCUGGCAUCCAGGCCAGUAACAACGCUCUCGGUUCGUACGUCGGCAACCGCCUGUCGAAAAAUAUAGGGCCGAAUGUCCUUGUGUCGGAAGGCGCCUCACCGGUAUUCCGCGGCAACCGCAUCGAGGGCAGCCCCCAAGGCGGUGUCGUCGUGCUGAACGAAGGCCGCGGCUUCUUUGAGCACAACACAAUGACGGAGAACGGCGUGGCAAACGUGCUGGUCGUUGGCACCUACAGCGAGCCAACAUUUGCGCACAACGUCAUGUAUGGAUCGCGGCCUGGCUGCGGCGUCAUCUGCGUGCAGAACGCCGGUGGUACCUUUACGAACAAUCGCAUCUACGAAAACUCGCAGUGUGGCGUCUACAUCGCUGAUACGGCCAACCCUACGUUCUCAGAGAACAAUGUCGCACGCGAGGCCGUUGGCGUUCUUUUGUCGGACGGCGGCAAAGGCACGCUGACGACGAACGUCAUUGAGGAGUGUUACGGCUGCGGCGUCUUGUCGCAGCGCCGUGCCCACCCAACCUUCUCGAACAACACCGUCACUCGGUGCCAGAUGAGUGGUCUGCAGGUUGCGCCGGACUCACUCGGUGUCUUCACGGCGAAUGAACUGACGCACAACGACGUAGGCGUCCACGUCGGCUCCUCGCUGGAGUCAGCGGUGGUGGAGCUGCACUCCAUGUUUCUCGUCGACACCGGGAGCGAUCGCCACGGUAGCGCGGGCGAGGAGGGCUCACCGAAGUCGCGUAGUGCAUCCGCGACGGCAUCACGCCGGCCCAGCUCUUUCCCCACGCAAACCGACAAGGGCGGCGUCCUACACGCCAUCGCCUCCACCGUGGAACAGCGGCGCGCUAGCGCCGCCCGUGCCACCCUCAGCGUCAUCGCGGACAACGUCAUCUCCCACAACGUGAGCGGCGGCGUGCUCCUCGACUCAUUCCCGAACGCGACGGUCGAGAACAACGACAUCUUCGAGAACAACGCGUACGGCGUGCGUGGCGACUGCGCCUACACCACCGCGCGUGCCCAAGCUGUCUUGCGGGAGGAGCUCGGCAUUCAUUCUGCGUCCGUCGUGCAGACCCCGCAGCAGCGCUCCCUCUUCGCGCAGCUACAGACACUGACGGUGAUUCGCACCAACAAGAUUCAUGCGCACGGCGAGGCCAACAUUCUCCUCGACCACUUUGACGGCGAGCAGAACGCCACGUCGCUGACGCGGAACGCAAUCUACGACGCGCCGCACGGCGUGUGUGUCGUCAACAACUCCACGGCGCAAGAGGUGCGCGAGAACGACAUCUACAACUGCGUAGACGGAGUCUGUUGCUCGAGCGGGGGCCGUGGCCACUUUUUUGCCAACCACAUUCACCAUUGCACCUAUUCGGGUGUGUACGUGGCUGCCAUGGCCAACCCAGAGUUCCACGAGAAGAAUGAGAUUGAGCAGUGCGGGUUUGCGGGGGUGCUGGUUGACGUGGGCGGGCAAGGCAUGUUUCGCGAGAACCGCAUUCGGCACUGCCGCACUGGCGUCGUCGUCUUCUGCGGUCCCGCUACGCCCUUUCAGCUGUCCUACGAUGAAGUGGUCAAGGCCCGCCUGGUCAGUGCCUCGCCAACCUUUACGAGCAACACGAUCGAGGAGAACGAACUGCACGGGGUGCUGCUGUUGAGCGUCAUUACCGGCAGCCCGCUGCGCACACUCCUGGCCUUGCCCAGCAGCCACACCAGCCGGCAACCGUCACUUGUGCCGACGCCGGCCGCAGCAUCAAUAAUAGAGACCGCUGCGCACGAUACCCCUUCACCCUACCUCGGCAUGGACAGCGCUACGGUCGGUGCACGAGAAGGGCGGCUGCGCGCCAUGUUCGAGAAGAAUCUAAUUCAACGCAACCGCGUUAUGGGAGUGUACCACGACCGCUUCGAGCACUGGGACCUGGCUGCACUCGACAACGCACACGCCGAGCGCAAAACGCCGAACAGCGGCAACAUCAAGAACGCCUACGGUGGCUACGAAAUUCUCCUCGGCACCUCGCAGGUGCUCGACCACGCCGAUCACCGGCGACAGCGUCAGCUAAAGCAGGUGAGCUUCGUCGGAAACACGAUCACAGAGUGCAGCAUCGGAUUCGGCGCUGGCUAUGGGUGCCAUCCCUACCUGGAACAGAACAAAAUCUGCAAGAACACCUUCUUUGGGCUGCUGCUGCGCUUCGGCUCCGCCGUUUCUGCAACGGGAAACGACAUUCGCGAGAACGGCCUCGCCGGGGUCUACGCCGCGAGUGGCUCCAAAGGCUACAUAGCGAACGGUGCGAUUGAGGCAAACAACGGUUGGUGCCGUCCCGAGGCCGCACUACACGAACCGCGCUCCUUUCGUGCGUGCAUCUUCAACAGCUCCUUUUUCUCUCCGGAGUCGGUGAGAGAUGUGGAGGAGAAUCUGCUCGCCACUCCCACGGCCACGUCGUCUGUGCAAGCGACCCGCCGGGCCUACGAGCAGAUGACACACCUCGCGGUGGUGCUCACCUUCACCAUGGCGGACGCCCUGCGCCACCUCGCGGAACUCGUAGCCGCCUCCUCCGCGGGACUGACACUUGCCACGUACUGUGUGCCCGCUGCGCACGGGUCCUUCGCAGCAGCACCCCCGCGCGGUGUGAACGGCAGCGUCGUGUCGGGGAGGCUGGGCGGUGUCGAGCUGCCCGACUACACAGAAGUGUGCACUGCAGAUGGCGGCAUCGGUGUGUGGAUUCAGAGCGGCAGUCGCGUGAGCAUCUGCGCCAACCGCAUUGCAGGGCACACCAACUCUGGCGUGCGGGUGUCCCGCGGCGUCCUGCAGCACCACCGCGUUCUGCACAAGGCAUUCCACAUGGAGCAGCCGAAGCAAGUCGUGGGCAACAAACUGGAGAUGCUCUCCAAAAUGCCUGGCAACACCAAGGUGAUUCCCCAAACCGUGGGAGACCAGCCUCUUGUCGAUGUCUUCGCAAUGGACCAGUACACACCAGCGCUAGCCACGACGGAGCCUGGCGCUCUCUUCACCGCACAGACGCUGUGCGUCACCGGCAUCCUGGCUGCUGUGCAGGUCGCCGCCUCUGCCACCGUCGAUAGCCUGAACGCCAGCUUCGGCUCCUUCUCCCCGCUAACGAUGCCGGUGUCGCCGUCUUACACCUUAGCAGCGAACGAGGAGCGAGAGAACCGACUCGACUCGAUUCACCACGCUCUUGUAGCGGACAACAUCAUUACAGGAAACAAGGACGGCAUUUGGCUCGAGAUAUGCCACACACUGCAGGCCGUUGCUUCGGCGGACGCUUCACCGCGUGCCGGUGUCAAAGGCAAUUCUGCUUUUAUGCUGCCGUCGCCGUCGGCGGCGCGUCGGCUACCUAUGAUUACGCGCAGCACCAUCCACGGCGUCUCAGCAAACGGCGCAGCGGGGGUGUCGUCAUCAUCAACCGCGAUGGCGAAUGCUGCUGGCGCCGCGUCGGCCGCCACCGUCUGCCUCCCCGCCGCAAGUGAGGAUACGAAUGUGAUGGACAGCAGCUUUAGCGGCUUCGACUUUUCCACCAUCGUGGAGGGCAAUCGCAUCUCGCAGAACCGCCGCUACGGUGUGUACGCGAUGCACGUAUCAAAGAUCAAGUGUGGGAACUGUCUCGCGAACCGUGGUGUCUUGAAAGACGCGGUGGACACGCACCACGAGAAGGUGCGGUCACAGCUGAUUCUCGGGAAGCAAAACGUUCCCGUUGAGGUGCGACUGCCCUUCGAGCUGCGCCCCGUGAAGCACAAGAUUGCGCACGCGCUCCUGCGCAAGAACGACCUCUCCGGCAAUGAACGGGCGCAGGCGUUUGUGACGACUCGGCAGGUCGUGUUGACGCAGGAUGACGACCGCACACUGCUGCAGAUGGACACCACGGCGACACCCUCCGCCUCCUUCUACGCCUCCCAAGUCCUCGUGGGCGUGCCACUCUACUCCGCCUUGUUGCAGAUGCCGCCGCCGGGGGUGCUGCUGUGGGACGAGAACCGCUUUCACGACGCGCGGUGCGGUGUGCGGCUGUGCGGCCAGCUCGGCCCUCACAGUACGCGCUUCCAGCGCAACACCUUUGUGAACAUCGCCGGCGAUGCGUUCUUGGUGGAGGGCCACCUGGCCUGCGCGACGGUCGGCAACGGCAACGUGUUUGACGGCAACGGCGUGAGUUUUCGAGUCUCGCAGCAACAGGUGAUCCGCUUGGUGACCGUGCCGGCACACGCCUCGGCGUCCCGCACGCGAGUCUUUCAAAACACCUUUAAGGCCGCCACGGACUCCUCGAUCUUACUGGACAGCGUUGGAACGGCGCCGCCGCUGCUGUACCGCAAUGAGUUCAGCGGCCAGUCACAGGGCAGCGCUGCCCUCUACCUUCAGAGCGACAACGCGUCCGGGGCGGCGGCGGUGGUGCAGGGGAAUGUGUUCGCAGACAGCCAUGUGCCCGUCUUCAUUGUUGGCCGCAGUGAAUCGGGCGUCGAGAGCGCACUCUCCACCUCGCGCAUACUGCUGCUGGAGAACAGCUUCAUACACAACGUUAUCGGCGCGUUUGUCUGCAACGGCGCCUACCCGGUGAUGGAGCGCAACCUCUUUCAUGCGAACGCGCGAGCUGGGUUGGAGGUUGUGGGCAACGGCACGCGGCCGCAGGUGCGUCAUUGCAUCUUUCGUGGGCACACGCGCACCGCAGAUGGUGACAGCGCAGCUACGUCCGCGCCGACGUCGCGAGGGAGGGCGAUAGCCACAACGACGACGGUGGUCGCUCCGCCCUCCGCUGAGCAGCGUGCGUUGGUGCUGCCAUUUCGGAACCUCUACACGACGUUGCUGCCCGCCAACGCGCGUGUGCUGCGGGCGACGACUCACGUGCACCUGCCCGCUGGACUGCUCGUUGGCCCGUUCGCCGAGCCGCGGGUCGAGAACUGCGGCUUUGUGGACAACGACGUCGGCGUGGAUGCGGUGCGCAACGCGGUAGCGCCGUCGCUCGCGGUGACGGGCUUCAAUGCUACCUUCAAGGACUGCAUGUUUGCGAACAACGCCGUGUGCGGUGUGUUGGUGCGCGGCCUGCUCGACGUCGCAGAGGGCAAAGGCGGCCGUGGCAGCGUCAGCAGCAGUGGAAGUGGUGCCACGACGAGCACGUCUGUCGGCUCGUUGGCGGUCGGUGCGGCGGGGGCAAGGCUGCCGGACAUCGUGAGCAGUGCAGAUGGAUCACCGGCGGAGACGACGAUAUUUGAGCGGUGCGUCUUUGCGGACAACGCCACCGCCGACGGGCGUGGUGACGUUGUGGCGAUGGACGAGGGCCACGCCGUCUUCCGCAACAACAUCUUCGGUGGCACCGUUGUGGGUCACUCCGGCGCAGUCGUGCUCUUCUCACAAAACCGAUUUUUGGGUCCGCUGCCGGCUGACAACGGCGGUGAGGACGGCGCGCUGGUCGACGCCAAACACACAAGCGACGUGGCAAUCGUGAUACAGGAAGGGGGACGCAUCGUAGCAGACCGCAACACCAUCUUGCGACGCCUGAUCGGCGUGAAGUGCAUGCCCGGUGCGGAGGGAGCAGUGAAGAGCAACCGUAUUGUUCAGUGCGUAACGGGCCUCAUGCUGGCCCCUUUUAACCGCACCGAUGUGAGCAAGAACCGUGUGUUGGGUAGCGGGGAAUGCGGUGCCAUCGCGUACGGCGGCUGCAUGGCAGACAACGAAAUUGUGCAGUCACCGGUCGGCAUUAUCGUGCGGCACUCGUCAAGUUACAACGGCAUCAACGCCGUCCCGUCGCACAAGCGUGACACGCUGGGUUUUUUGUGCUGUCGCAACACCAUCACCGGCUGCACCGGCAACGGGAUCCUCAUCUCCACCACCGGCACCUUUGACCGAAACAACGUGUCGCACUGCAAGACGGGCGUGGACAUCGUAUGCCCGAUCGGAGGCGGCCCCGCCGAGGCGCCGCCAACUCUGAAGAACUCGAGCGUGUUCGACAACGCCACCGGCAUUCUCAUGGAAAACGACUCGGAGUCGACGGUGAAAGACAACGACGUCUUCGACAACGAAGUUGUCGGUGUACUGGUGCUGCCGAAUGCAACGGGCGUGCUGCAGGGCAACCGCAUCUCUUCUGCGAUGGAGCAGAAUGCGGCGGAGAUCCCGACGGAGGCGCGGGUGAAGUCCACCGGCAACGUGAUUCGGAACCAGUUCUCACCCGCCUUCCAGCGGGGCACGCGCUUCAGCCGCGCGAAGCAGUACCAGAGCGAUCUGACGAACCUGAGCAAAGAGUUUGAUGAGGUGUUGGCCGCGAUGGAGGAAGCGCGCCAGGAAGCUGCGAGCACCGUCGGCGCCUUGCAGACGUUGCGGCAUGAGCUGGUGGAGAUGUACUCCCGGUCGAUUACGGAUUCGGCCGCAACGCUGGCUGGAUCUGCGGGAAGCGCGCUGCGAAACGCAGCCGCUUCGGCGGCGCCAGCGGCCAAGGACCCCAAGAGCCUGGCUCCCUCGAGCCUCCAUGGCACUUCCGCUCCUCGCGACGUGAGCAGCAGCUCUGGUGCCAGCGGCGGGAACGCCGAGAAGGGGAAUGACAGGAGCAAUACCGAUCAGCUGGGCAACUCCCCCAUGAAAGAAAGACGGCGCCUGCCCUCUGCAGCAGGGCGUCGUUCCUCUCUCUCGUUGCCCUCUACCCACAAAACAACGACGUCGCAACCCCGAGGGUCCGUCCCGAUUCCUGUCAAGGCCACAGCACCGUUACGAGGCCGUGCCGCUGCUCUCUCCCAGCCCGCCUCGUCUGCCUCUGCAGCGGUCCCACGGCAAGUGCUGAUUCACGUCUUCGCCAAGGCAGAGGCUCGCGGCAACGCAGGGGCGGUGGGGCAGGUGAUCACGAGCGUCCUCGCGAAACCCCCGCUCUCUUCCUACAACUUUAUCACGACGAUCACGACGUCCACUUCGCAGCUGCUGCACGUCCUCGAAUCGCCCAGCACCCAACCGUACCUGUGUGUGGUGGUGCUGGACGCGCACCUGGACGGGAUGAGCCCCUCGGACUGUUACGCCCUGCAGCAGCUACAUGACUGCGCAACGCCGAACGCCGUGUCCCGGUACCGCAGCUCCGCCGUCCACAGGGAGGCGGAGAGCGCGAACAACAGCAGCGGCCGCAACGGCAACAACACCGCAGCAUCGCUCUUCUACACCCUCGUCCCUGCCAACUUCCCAGUGGCGGUGAACACGAAAACCGUCGCGGAUGCCGGAGAGGGCAUGAGCGUGGAAGCCUACGCCGCCGCGCACCACCUCAUCUCUUAUAAAUCUUCUGUCGAAGAAGUUCUCACGAACCUGCACACGCAAAUCGCAGACGACCUCAAACGAGCGUUGACCGACGCGUCACACAAGCGGAGUGGCAUGGCGGUGCUGGGUGACUCGUCCGAAAAGGCGGAUCUUUCCCGAUCCGCCAUGGACGGCGACGGCGACAUGCCGGGCUUGCCGAACCGCCGUAUCAGCAACGAGGACGCCCCCAGCAAGCGCGGAAGUCUGGCCUCGAGCAAACAGCCCAUCCAACUCACAGCAGAGUACGUUGGCACGUUGUUCUCGCAGCUGACCCCGGAGGCGUUCGGUUUUGUGCCACAAAACGACGGCAAGCGGCAGAAGCGGCGAAAGUCGUCGCUGGCGGUGAGCGGGCAAGGUGGCAGCGACGAGGAGGACAGCGGCGACAGAAAAGAGGGGCGCAGCUCGAUGCGUCCGCCGCGCCCCUCUGUGGUUUCGAAGACCGGCACCGAGGAUCGUGCGAGAUCACCGACGGCGCGCCGCAGGUCUUCUGUGGUGAAGCACAAGCCUGGCCGUCGCGCCUCCGGCGCUGCAAAGAAAAGUUGA